AUGAAACAUAGUUACAACAAAUCCUUAAAAACCGAUAAAACGCUAAGUAGUCUGGAAGAACUGACAGAAAGAAUAGAGGAACAGCGAUAUAAGCUGUGACAUAAUAUCUAGCGGGAGGUCGUCGAUGAAUUUAUUGACAUAACUUCAACGUUGAUAGAUUAGUCUCGCGCCGGGCAUCUGAGCCACGGGAACCUUAACGCCCAGGUAUUGUGUAAACGCCCGAAACUAGCGGUCCGGACGGGUUUUAGAGUUAAGUAAUUGUUCCGUGGACUGAAUCAGACACAUGGGUGGGAACCUCGGGUGCCACCGGUCCAUUCCCAAGGACCCCACGGACCUUUGCCAGGGCAAGCGCAAGUUCAGCGCGGCGUGCAACUUCAGCCACAUCCUGGUGAACCAGGAGCGGCUGAACAUCAACACGGCCACCGAGGAAGAGCUCAUGACCUUACCGGGCGUGAACCGCGGGGUGGCUCAAAACAUCGUGGAGUACCGGGAAUGCAUCGGGGGAUUCAAGAAAGUUGAAGACCUGGCUUUGGUUAGCGGGGUCGGUGCCACUAAAUUAGAGGCUAUUAAAUUAGAAAUUUGUGUUUCGAGCAAAAACGGCUCGUCUAAUCACUCGCCAUCGUCUUUGCGCAAAGAGCACGAGCACCUGCCGUGCACCGGCGUGAACAUAAACACUGCCACGCCGGCGCAGCUCUUGAGCGUCCGCGGCAUCACCCAGAAAAUCGCCAAGAACAUCGUGGAAUUCCGUUCCGUCCACGGCCCCUUCAAGAGCAUCGAAGAUCUGGUCAAAGUGCCGAGCAUCAAUUCGUCCCUGUUGGGCAGGAUCCGUUUUCAGGUGUUCGCGGAGAGCUCCAGAACAGCGUCAACGAACACGAACGGAGGAUUCACGCAUCCGAGCCCCACGUCAUUCAGUGUCCGCAGUGAUGAGCUGGAUUUUCCUCCAGGAGGACCGGCGCUCAUCACCUCUGUCCGGCCAUGCGUGGAGCCUCCUGCGGGCACGCGUGACGGGAAGCCCGUGGUGCGAGUGGGCACCUGGAACCUGCAGCGCUGCUCCAGUGAGAAAGCCAACAACCCCGGGGUCAAAGAGGUCGUCUGUAUGACCUUACUAGAAAACAACAUUAAGCUGCUAGCAGUUCAAGACUUGGCUGAUCGGGACGCUCUAGACAAGUUCUGUGUAGAGCUGAAUCAGCCCACCCUCUCCAGUGUACGCAAAUGGAAGAGUGCCAGAGGCUUGUGGAAAUGUGCUGUUUCAGAGAAACCAACCGGACUGUCCAGUAAUGAGUACUCCGGCUUCAUGUGGGACAGCUCUUCAGGAAUUGAUAUGAAGGAUGCCACCGUCUUGAAAAAUUCUGUUACAAAUGGUAACGGUAAACAUCCCCAUCCUCAGCCAUACCUGGGCCGUUUUUAUAUUGGAUCAUCAGAGCUCACACUGGUGAAUUUGCACCUGACAGCAGCACCGUCACCUGGAGAACAAAAAGGGACAAACAGCUUGUCUAAUGAGCUCAAAGCCCACAGACUGAGCACUGGUAUCCAGGAGACUCUCAAAGGUGAGAGAGAGUUGCUGGUGCUCGGGCACUUUGGCAUGGCUCCUGACAGCCCUGAGAUGGAGUGCCUCAAGAAAGAAAAACUGACUGCCCUCCUCUCACCAUCUGUCUUUACAAACAUCAGCACCCGAACCCCACAAGGUUCCCGCAGUCUGGACAACAUCUGGGCCAGCCGCUCCCUCAAAAAGAUCUACACGGGUCAUUGCUCAGUGGUGCGGGAGGGAUUAACUAAUCCCUGGAUUCCUGAUAACUGGUCGUGGGGUGGCGUGGCAUCCGAGCACUGCCCUAUAGUGGCAGAAUUCUUCGUAGACAUCAUCCUGAAGAAGCGUCUGUACAAUGGGAAUGGAGUGGCGGUGGUGGAGAGAGAAGACAUCAUGCCCAAACAUGAGCGGUGACCAUUUGCAUGGUCAUUAUAGAGCAGGUCAAUAUGAAUGAAUAAUGGCUGGACUAAUAUAAUGACUGACUGAACAUAUGGAAGUGCACCAUGAUUGCCUUUUGUAUUUUAUUUUGUUAAAUGUACAGUCGAGUUUAUAAAGCAACAAAAAUUGGAUUUUGAUGUAGAGUGAUGAAAAAGAGAGAUAUUUAAUCAGAUUUAUUAAACAUGAAAAUAAAACAAAAAAGAAAGAAAUGGUGUGCCAAAGCUCUUUAAGAGCAUACAAUAAAUCUAAAUUUACA